AUGGAGGCGGGAAAGGAGAAGGAAGGCGUUCAGACACAAAGGCAAGUCCUGCUAUUCUUUGUUUUGCUGGGCAUUGCUCAGGCUGAUUUCGAACCUAGGCACUAUUCCGUGGCCGAGGAAAUGGAGAGCGGCUCUUUUGUAGUUAACUUGUUAAAAGACUUGGGGCUGGAGAUUGGUGAACUAGCUGCGCGGGGCCCCCGGGUCAUUUCCAAAGGGAAAAAAUUGAACUUACAGGUCGAUAGGCAAACCGGAGAUAUGUUGUUAAAUGAGAAAAUGGACCGGGAGGAACUGUGUGGUCACACGGAACCGUGUGUACUACCCUUCCAGGUGUUAUUGGAAAACCCUUUACAGAUUUUUCAGGCCGAGCUACAGAUUAGAGAUAUAAAUGACAAUUGUCCAGUUUUUCUAGACAAGGAAAUAAUUUUGAAAAUUUCCGAAAGUAUCCCUCCCGGAACAACUUUCCUAAUAGAACGUGCCCAGGACUUAGAUGUAGGAAGCAACGGUCUACAAAACUACACAAUUAGCCCCAAUUUCCACUUCCAUCUUAAAUUACAAGAUAGUCCAGAUGGUUUAUUGCCACAGCUGGUGCUGGACAAAGCGCUAGAUCGCGAAGAACAGCCUGAGAUCAGGUUAACACUCACUGCCCUGGAUGGGGGGACUCCGCCCAAGUCUGGCUCCGCCCAGGUCCGCAUUGAAGUCCUGGACGUCAACGACCACGCCCCUGAGUUUGCAAAGCUGCUCUACGAAGUACAGGUUCCUGAGAAUAGCCCCAUUGGAUUCCUGGUUGCCAUCGUCUCUGCUAAUGAUGUAGACAUCGGAACUAAUGGACAAUUAUCCUACACGCUUUUCCAGGCCUCUGAAAACAUUCGCAAAACGUUUCGAAUAAAUGCAGAAUCUGGAGAACUUCUUUUAACGCAGAAACUGGAUUUCGAAGCCGUUCAGACAUACACAGUAAAUAUUCAGGCGACAGAUGGUGGGGGGCUUUCUGGAAGUUGUGUGGUGUUUGUUCAAGUGAUGGAUUUGAACGACAACCCUCCAGAACUGACCAUGUCAACACUUCUGAGCCAUAUCCCAGAAAAUCUGCAGGAUAUUGUAGUUGCUGUAUUCAGUGUUUCAGAUCCUGACUCCGGAGACAACGGAAGGAUGGUUUGCUUCAUCCAAGACGAUCUUCCUUUCUUCCUGAAGCGCUCUGUUGAGAAUUUCUACACUCUGGUGUCAAAAGAAGCACUGGACCGAGAGGAGAGAGCAGAGUACAACAUCACCAUCACCGUCACCGACUUGGGGUCCCCCAGGCUGAAAACCGAGCACACCAUCAGGGUGCUGGUCUCCGACGUCAAUGACAACGCACCCACCUUCACCCAAACCUCCUACACACUGUUCGUCCGCGAGAACAACAGCCCCGGCCUGCACCUGGGCACAGUCAGCGCCACCGACAGAGACGCGGGCACCAACGCCCAAGUCACCUACUCCCUGCUGCCGCCCCGCGACCCGCACCUGGCGCUCGCCUCGCUGGUGUCCAUCCACGCGGACCGCGGGCACCUGUUCGCGCUGCGGGCGCUGGACUUCGAGGCCCUGCGCGCCUUCGAGGUCCGCGUGGGCGCGGCGGACGCGGGCUCCCCGGCGCUGAGCAGCGAGGCGCUGGUGCGCGUGGAGGUGCUGGACGACAACGACCACGCGCCCCUGGUGCUGUACCCGCCUUCGGUGCCUGAGGGCCGCUUUCCAAGCCACUUGGUGGACGUGUGUGGCACAGGGACUCUAUCCCAGAGCUACCAGUAUGAGGUGUGUCUAACAGGAGCUUCUGGGACCAACGAGUUCAAGUAUCUGAAGCCAAUUUUACCCAACUUCCUUUCACAGGGUGCUGAUGGUGUUAGUGAGACAAAUGCUAGUUUCAGGAAUAGCUUUGAAUUCAGUUAAAUAUUGUUGACAUUGACCUACUCGCUGAGUAAUAACUGGAAGGUUGGCACGUUUACCCGUAGAUGCAUCCGGGAAGAGGCUGGUGACCUACUUCCCACAGUUCACACCCUUGAAAACCAUAUGAAGUCUAGUUCUACUCUGCAAUGUAUUGGGGUAAG